AUGAUAGUAAACGAUCUACAACCUUUUUCAAUUGUCGAGGAUCGGGGUUUUCGUAAACUUUUAAAUGAACUUGAACCGUCUUAUGUCGUACCACACAGAUCAACCUUUAGCAAACUUUUAAUGCCAGCUAAAUAUGAAAGAAAAUUUCUCGAAGUUAAAGCUCUCCUCAAAACUGCUGAAUAUAUCACAUUAAGUACCGACAGUUGGACUUCUAUUAAUACAGAAGGAUAUGUAGCAGUUACAGCACACUUUAUAGCGACUGAUUGGCAGUAUUAUGGGUGUUUACUGUCAUGUUUUAAAUAUGAUGGGAGGCAUACUGUUGAAAAUAUAGCUCGUGAAUUACGGCGAGUUGCAGAUGAAUGGAGCAUUUCUGACAAAGUAUACGCUAUAACUACCGACAAUGCGGCAAAUAUUAUAGCGGCAGUAAAAAUAACUGGUUGGGUGCAUAUUCCUUGUUUUGCACACACUAUCAAUCUGAUCGUUAGGAAUGGAUUGGUGCACAUAGAGGAGCUGCAAAAAAAAGUUAAAAAAAUAGUUGAACAUUUUCAUAGGAGUUCUCAAGCCACCGCUAAAUUUUUUGAAACUCAGUCUCAAAUGAAUCCCAAUGCUACUCCUUUAAAACUAAUUAAUGAUGUACAAACAAGAUGGAAUUCAACAUAUUAUAUGUUAGAAAGGGUAGUUAAAUUAUGUAAUCCAUUAGCUGCCACAGUUGCUGUCUUGCAUAAUCCAGUAAGUUUACCGACGGAAGAAGAAUGGUUACUAUUACAGGAAUUCUGUAAAAUAUUAAAACCAUUUGAGGUUGUUACUGUAGAAAUGAGUUCCGAAAAACAAAUAACUCUGUCCAAAGUAAUUCUUAUUAUUAAGGGGGUAAUAUCAUCUUUAGAGCGAAUAAGAGUUCAAAUUACGAGUCAAUUAGGAAGAGAUUUAAUACAUUCAUUGCUAGCCUCAAUAACUACACGUUUUGGGAACCCUGAAAAUAAUACAAUAAUGGGAAAACCUUCUUUUCUGGAUCCAAGAUUUAAAUCUAAGGGACUUAAUAACGAUGACUGUUUAAAAAAGGUUAAAGAGAGACUUCAAGAAGAAUUAGUUGGGCUAAUUAAAAAAAGUCAACAAGACGAUACGGCCCCAGAGCCUUCCAAUGAUAUACAUUAG